AUGGCGACGCUGGGUUUCAACGCCACUCGAAUCCGGACACCUUCACUUCCCAGAAUCCCUCGAUCAUCUUCUUUUACCAAACCCAUCAAAACAUCUCUCUUCUCCUCCGAGUCCCUCUCGAAACGCUGCCGUUUCGUCUCUAGAUCCUUACCCGAGAGCUCACUGUCGAUUACAAAAGAAGAGGCAAUCAUCAAACAAGAGGAAGAAAGCCAAGUAGAGGAAGAUGAUCCGACAUCGGAGCUGAGUUAUCUUGAUCCGGAAACCGAUUCAGAGGGGAUAAAAGAGUGGGAACUGGAUUUCUGCUCGAGGCCGAUCCUCGAUUCCAGAGGGAAGAAGAUAUGGGAGCUUGUGGUUUGCGAUGCUUCACUCUCGCUUCAAGUGACCAAAUACUUCCCCAACAAUGUCAUUAACAGUAUUACUCUCAAAGACGCCAUAGUUUCCAUCACACAAGACUUGGGUGUUCCCCUCCCUGAGAAGAUUCGCUUCUUCAGGUGGAUAUGA